GUCUUGUGCCUUGCGUUCCACGAUAUUUCACCCCAAGCUCCAACACAUUUCCUAGUGAUUCCUAAGAAGCCUAUUGUCAGGUUAUCAGAAGCAGAAGAUUCUGAUGAAUCUCUUCUUGGGCAUUUAAUGAUUGUUGGCAAGAAGUGUGCUGCUAACCUGGGCCUGACCAAUGGAUUCCGGAUGGUUGUGAAUGAAGGGCCUGAGGGUGGGCAGUCUGUCUAUCACGUACAUCUCCAUAUUCUGGGUGGCCGUCAGUUGGGCUGGCCUCCUGGCUAAGAUUACAUCACAAGAGUUAACUGCAUGCAUACAUAUUACCACCAGAUAGAGUUAACAAUGUUGCCCAUCAAUCUAGCCACUGUAAAUGUAUUUUUUUUUCAGUGUAUGUCUUCCAAGGGUAAUAAAUGCUCUGAAUAACAUUCGCACAAUAAAGAUAUGGCAUGUGAGAAU